AUUUAAUUGGGUGUACACUCCUAACUUUUUUGUUGGCCCUAGCGACAGGCACAAACCGAGUCUUGGGAGAGAAGAAAGGGCUUCAGAGGUAAAGAAAGAUCGGAACCGGGAGCAGUGGGCACCGUCGCAAAGUUGUAAUGGAGUGGGGUGCAGUUUCUUCUGAGGAGAAAGAGGUUUCGACGAUUUUGGAGUCAGGUUCACAAAGAACGCUGUCCCCAUAUGUAACUGGUACAUCUGUCUUAGGCCUCAAAUAUAAGGAUGGUGUUAUAAUGGCUGCUGAUAUGGGAGGUUCUUAUGGAUCAACUCUACGAUACAAGAGCGUGGAACAGAUAAAGCCUAUUGGUAAACAUACUCUACUUGGUGCAAGUGGAGAAAUUAGUGACUUCCAAGAGAUCUUGCGUUAUCUUGAUGAACUAAUUAUUUAUGAUCAUAUGUGGGAUGAUGGAAACUCUCUGGGCCCUAAAGAAGUACAUAACUAUUUGAAUCGAGUAAUGUACAACAGGCGCAACAAAUUCAACCCUUUGUGGAACUCACUUGUGGUUGGUGGAGUUAAAAAUGGACAAAAGUAUCUGGGGAUGGUUGGCAUGAUUGGAACACAUUAUGAGGAUAACCAUGUUGCAACUGGUUUUGGAAAUCAUUUGGCAAGGCCAAUUAUGCGUGCUGAAUGGCGUGAGGACUUGACCUUUGAAGAGGCUGUAAAAAUUCUAGAGAAAUGCUUGCUUGUGCUUUUAUACCGUGAUAGAUCAGCUAUCAAUAAAUUUCAGAUCUCCAAGAUAACCGAAGAAGGGGUAACUAUUUCUGAGCCAUACGCUCUAAAGACUUUCUGGGGUUUCUCAGCCUUCCAGAAUCCGACUAAGGGUGCAGAAGGAUCCUGGUAAAAGUAUCCAUCUAUAAGCGGAGUAAAGAACUUGGUGCUUAUAAUUCCAUGCAUUUCUCAUAUUUGAUACUACCCAUCAGAUUCUGCAAAUGCAACAUAAUAACUAUAUAAUCCUUCAAAGAUAUGCUUCAGUUGCUUUGUUUAGAUUAUUUUUUUGCAAGUUUCGAAUGAUUUGAUGAUGUACUGUUUGAAUCUUUUCUCUAUCAGAUAUAUGCCACUUUUCUAAUAUACUUUUCAUAUAGAA